UCAGGCAUGGAUACCGUCGCGCAGUGAGCUGAAGGCAACGGUAAAAUACAGAAUUACAGAUACAAGGAGAGAUGGUUGGCAUAUUCUCUCUCUCUCUCUCUCUCUCUCUCUCUCUCUCUCUCUCUCUCUCUCUCUCUCUCUCUCUCUCUCUUAUUGUCAAGCUUCACAAUUCAAUCUGGUCACGUCCGUGAUUGUCAGGCAGCAAGUACCCAUGUACCUUGGUUUAUAGAAAUCUGCAUUGGAUGGUGGAUCCCAACCUUAGCUGGGGAGCUUUCUUCGAGAAGCUGAUGACCAGCCGAUUGGCUGAGCUGAUGGUUCACAAGCCCGGAGAAGGGUUCGCCCUGAGCCUUCUCGCCAUGGCACUGACUCCUCUAAGAUGGCUGAUAGCCAAGGUGAUGGAGACGUACUACAGGAUCGCCAUGCCGAUGAGGAAGCACGGGAUGGUGCCCGACCACAGCUUCUCGGCGUCGAUGCUGAGCUGGCGGUAUGGCGUACGUGCUCCCGGCCAGGUUCUACGACAGGGUGGACGAAGGCAGCAUCGUGCUGAAGAGGUGCGACUCCUUCGGCUUCCGCGCCGACGGCCUGGUGCUGGACGGCACCGGCGAGCGCGUCGACGCCGACGUGGUCAUCCUCGCCACCGGCUUCGACAUCGACCGCCUGCUGAGCAGCGUGCGUGUCGCCAUGGUUCCGCGAGAUCAUCGCCGCGGGGCCUUCCGACGCCAUGCUUCCUCUCUACAGUGUGGACAUCAGAUCGAUUGCUGCUCCGUGAAUGGCCACACUCAUAUUUGUGCCGUCGAAACCUUGAGACGGCGCACCAACACUUCUCAGAAUGCCUGGCAACUUGUUUUUGUGUGGAGGUCGAUCAAUUCUUGGGUUCUUUGGGUAGGCUGUCCAAGGCUCGACCCCGACAACUAGACGUCAACGCAGGACAUGGUAUCCUGGUUCCAUGAUGUGGCCGGCGAAAUAGCUUCCACGACUGCGAAAGGCGCUCGAUCUUUGGCUAUCCUUGUGACUUGGACUAUACGGUGUGAACGAAAUGCCUAGAUUUUCAACAAUCAGGAGAAACCGCGAACGAGAAUUGUUGCUGAAAUUAAGGAAACAGCUCGGCGCGCUAUGGACUUCGGCGAGGGCGAAAUAUCUGGCCGGCAUAGUGGAUAGGCACAGUACGUAAUCAAUGUAAUUUUGCUUUUUUGUUGUUGUUGGGGGCUAUUCCGAUGCCCCGACCUGGUCAGAUUAAUCCCUGAAUAGGUUGAAAAACUUGGCGUUACUAGCGCCUGUAAUUGCGCUUCUUCUUAUUACUUAAUACCGGCAAUGUCCGAAUCUUCCCAAAAAAAUUACUAAGGGUCUUGAUACAAAU